AUGCCUACUCCCCCACGAACAACAGCACGAGUGGUCUCGCAUCCUGGAUCCAGUGAGUCAGAGAUAGCGGCAGAACCCAACUGGGGUGCCGGCCAUCAGCAUCGUAUUGGUUAUAUCAAUGCUGCAGGUCUGCAAGCGGGCCUCACUCACGACGGUGAUCAUGAGUCAAAGAACCAAGAUGAACGAGCUUUCGUGGAGGCGGCAACGAAGAAGUACCGCGAUCUGAGAGCGAGGGCGAACAAAGGCGACCUGGUAAACUUCGUGGAUGUCAUGAAAGCACAGACGGACUACCAUACGCAAAACCCGAAAAGGUACCCGCCUGGGUGGCGCUUCGUGGUGAGAGCCACGGAAGAUGGUGUGAGGCACAAGCAGGACUGGCCUGCCAACAUAAAACAACGCAAAGCAGAAGAGGAGACAGAAAAGCAGAAUGACGACGAUGACAAGCACCAGCAGCCUCCACAGGAUAAUGACACUUCAGAUGAUCACGCUUCGUCAAGCAACCCAGAGCACGACUGGCGCCGGGCUGAGGGUUAUAACGGAACAAGGAAGCGGCGAGAGCCAGACCAAAACCGAGUACCAGAACUCCGGGAGAAGUAUACGCCCGAGGAAAUCACGCUGCUCCGGCACCUCCAGCACGAAGCGGCGAAAACGCGAGCCUUCCAGCAAAACCCCGGGACACUCCGCUCGCCCGCCGCCACCGCAUCCGCUGAGAUGGACACGUCCAUCGACGGCGCGGACGCGCUGACACCAGACAACUGGAUCCCGCGUUCGGCUAAGCUAAUACGCCGGACAGGUCAGCACCCCCUGAACGCGGAGCCGGAGCUGUCGGCCCUCAUGCGUGCCGGGCUUGUGACGCCCAACCAGCUGCACUACGUGCGCAACCACGGGAGUGUGCCGCGGCUGUACUGGGAAGAGCAUGUACUGGAUGUGUGCUGCGGCAAGAUAAGGGUCGGCAUGGAUAAUUUGCUGCGCCGGUGGGAGAGCAUCAACGUCCAGGUGGCGCUGGCUUGUGAUGGCAAUCGGCGGGGAGAGCUUAAUCGGUUGCGCAAGAGUAAGGGGUUCGAUUGGGGCCCUGGAGCUGUUGGCUGUGCGUUUUGGAGAGGAGUGAGAGUCGCGGACGUCCUGCAGUCGGCGGGUGUGAGGGUGUCCGGCGGAGAGGGUAGGCGGUGGGUAAACUUUGAAGGCGCGGAUGAGCCGAGUGAAGGCAAGUAUGCAACAUGUCUGCCGCUAGAGUAUGUCAUGGAUAUAUCCAAUGAUGUCUUGCUAGCGUACGAGAUGAAUGACCAGCCACUGCCACCUGACCACGGGUUUCCAGUCCGGCUACUUGUCCCGGGCUUCGUGGGAGGUAGAAGCGUGAAGUGGCUCGCGAGAGUUUGGGUUAGUGACAAGGAGAAUGACUCCUAUUACCACAUAUGGGACAAUCGCGUGCUACCCAGUUUUGUGACAGAGAAAGAUGGGGAAUUUUCGAGGACCAUGUUCAACCAUCCUAGCACGGCAUGCAACGAGCAGAAUCUUAAUAGCGUCAUCACAAAGCCCGCGCAGGGUGAGAAGCUGGACCUUGUCGAGGUGCUGAAGAAGGACACCUACUGCGUUCAAGGCUUUGCAUACGAUGGUGGGGGCCAUGAGGUACAGAGGGUAGAGUUGAGUUUGGAUGGUGGCGAGACAUGGCUAUACUGCAUAAGAAACUUCCCUGACCACCCAAUACGACAUGGCAACAAAUUUUGGACAUGGACUCAUUGGCACAUCGAGAUCGAUUCGGCCCAUUUCGUGCGCGCGGAAAGCCUGACAGUGCGAUGUUUCAACGUCUUCAAAAACACGCAACCUCAGAAGCCGGUUUGGAAUCUGAUGGGCAUGAUGAACAAUGGCUGGUACGUCGUCAAGUCCAGCACCGAUAGUGACGGUAGGUUGCUUUUCCAACACCCCUAUGGGCAAACGGGCACCUCUGGCGGCGGCUGGAUGAAACCAAGUACCAGCAAUAUACUUGCCGCAGCCAAGCAAGAUAGUGGCAUGCCGGACAAGCAGUUCACGCGCGAGGAAAUUGAGAAGCAUAACACCCGCAAGGACUGCUGGCUCGUCAUCAAUGGUAACGUGUACGACGCCACGAGCGUGCUGGAGUGGCAUCCAGGUGGCAGCAGCGCACUGCUAGCGAACGCCGGCAAGCUGAGUCUCGAGGUGACAAGCUCAUUUGAGAACGUUCAUGACGAGUAUGCGCACAAGAAGCUUGCCGAGUGUGCGAUGGGGCGUGUCACGGACAAAGCAAAGACGUACAUGCGGGAGCAGGCGAAGGUAGAGGCUGAGAAGGCUGCGAGGGGGCAGAGUGAUGAUAUUUUGCUCAACACCAAGAGAUGGAAGCCUGUCACACUCUCGAAAAGGGAGCAGUUGUCCAAGGAUACAUUUUCUUAUACUUUCCGAUACCGAGACAAUGAGGGCGGAGGAUCGAGGAUAAAGCUAGGGUUGGGUACCUGCCAGCACAUCCAAUUCGGUAUCCACAUGCUCGACAAGAUGCUCAUACGCUCGUAUACCCCUACGCGGCCAAUCAGGGAGGACGAAGAGGAUGGAACUUUCGAGCUCACGGUCAAGACCUAUUUUCCAGACGAGAAUCAGCCGGGUGGGGCCUUCAGCAGCUUCCUGCAUAAGCUCGACCUGGGCGAGCAGGUCGAGGUCUGUGGGCCAACGGGUGAAAUCACGUAUUUGGGCAACAGCAGAUUCAACAUCGAGGGCAAAGAGCAGCAGUUCAAGCAGGUCAGUCUCGUGCUGGGCGGGAGCGGUAUUACGCCGGGGUACGCCUUGAUCAAACGAAUUGCGGAGAAUACGCAAGACCCCACGACUGUCGCAGUCCUUGACGCAAACAAGACGGAAGAGGACAUUCUCCUGAGAUCUGAGCUGAAUGAUUUGGUCGAGAAGAGCAAUGGAAGGCUCAAAAUCGCCUUUGUCCUCAGCCAUCCGAAGAAGAAGGGCGAUUGGGAGGCCAAGGGUGGUCUCAGUGGCCAUGUUAACGAAUCAGCUAUCAAGGCUAAGCUCUUUGCGCCUGGCAAAGAUAGUGUCGUAUUGCUGUGCGGACCACCGGGGAUGAUACAGAAAGCAGCAUUGCCAGCGCUGAAAGGAUGGGGAUAUGAGGAGGAUAAGAACUGUUUUGGGUUUUAG